AUGGGCAGACAUGCCAACCCUGACAUAAGGCGAGCAUUUGAAGAGUUUCAGGACCAAGACACGCCCUCGAAAUGUAACAAAGUACGCUGUUUGCAUUGCGGCUUCGUGCGCGCGAAGAACACAACGCGACAGAUCGAGCAUCUCCAAGACUGCCAGCGAUAUCUGACGUCGCCCGAGGCGCAGGCCCAUCUUCUCGCGCAGGAGCAGCAACAACAGCAGCCGCCUCAGCAGAAUGGAUUGCCUAUGGAUUCGAACAUGGCUCCGGGCCCCAGUCAAAUUCUGAGUGGGCAGCAGCCAAAUCCAAACCUCCAAGUAAAUCGGCGCGGUCCCAACAGUAAGCGCACGCGCGAUGGACAGCCUAUUGCGCCAAAUAUUGCCAUGACACCCAAUGUUGCGCCUUCUCUGACGUCUCAUCUCCUAAGCAUCUGCUCGGGCCCGUUUGCGCAAGCAACACAGCGACCGUUCCUAUCGCAUGCCGGUUGUGGAUCGCUAGGAGCAGGACCGCUGUCGCAAUGGCUGGUACAAGACGGACACUAUGCGCGAGGCUACAUUCGCUUCAUAGGACACCUUUUGGCCAAGAUAAGACUGCCACAGACGCAGAACUCGCAGUUCCAUCCCAUGUAUCGCACCAUGGACCUGCUCAUCUCCGCGCUGAACAACAUGCGAAGAGAGAUGCAGUUCUUCGAGAUCACCGCGACCAAGUAUGGGCUUGCGCUGGGCAUGGAACCGCCUACGCCUAUCACGCGCGCCAUGCUUGAUCUUCUCGUGAGCGCGAGUAGUGCGAGCGCAUCACUUUUAGAGGGUAUGGUCGUGCUAUGGGCAAGCGAACAUUGCUAUCGCUCCGCCUGGCAAUAUGCCGCCUCCUUCUCCAAUACUCUCUCCAGCACCUCCACUGACUCACACAUCGUCGCCCUCCACCAAGCCCUAAUACCGAACUGGACCUCCCCGGCCUUCAGCAAAUUCGUCGAGGCGACACGCGCCCUCGUCGAUGAGCUGGCAAACAUCACAACUACACGCGAUGGCAAAGAGGAAAUGUCGCGCUGCGAAGAGAUCUUCCGACAAAUGUGUUGGCUAGAAGAGCGCUUCUGGCCCGACGUCGACAACAUGGGUGAUAACAACGAGAGCGUGAGAAUGGGUCCACCGAUGGGCGGCCCAAUGAGCGCAGGCCUGGAGAACAGCAUGCAUAACAACAUGCCCAACGGCCUUCCCGUCGCAAUCAACGGAAACGGGGUCCACAACCACAAUCGGAACAACAGCAUGCCCGGCCCCAGCAUGAACAACAACGGCGUACCCAAAAACAUCCACGGCAACCCCGUAAACGGCCGAAACAGCAUGAGCGGUCCCGUUCGUAACGCGAGCAUCAAUGGCCCUAUCAAUGCGGCUAUCAAUAAGCACGACAGCACACCCGUCAGCGAUAACAGGAACCCCUUUGGCAUGCCCAACAGAGGCGGUAUGGACAAUGUUGGCCAAGGCUCAUAG